AUGAGCAAGCAAACGCCUCGCAAAGCGCGACACUCGCGCCAGCCCUCAAACCUCAUACCAGCCGUCUCCGACUACGAAUCCGACGCUGCCGCCAUUCACGCCGCCUACGCGCCGCCUCCCCCCCGCACAAACACCGAACUGAACUUGUCCGUUCUCCAGCGAUAUCUCCCAUCCAUUCAAGCCAUUCUUUCCAUAGCCGCCAACGCCGUCGUCUACACCUUCGACAGCGAAACCGCAAGCUGGGACAAGUCUGGCAUCGAGGGCACCAUGUUCGUGUGCGCCCAGUCUCCGCUCCCCGAGAGCCACCAACCGCGGGCGUGUGUGUUUGUCCUCAACCGGAGGGCCUUGGACAACUUGGUGGUUGACCUUGCCCGAGUGAGCCACGUAGAGAUCGCCGGCGAACUGGUGAUAUUGAGAGUGGAGGGUAAUUGGGAGGAGGGCGACAAGGUCAUCGGGUUAUGGAUUCACAAUGACAAGGACGAGACCAGGGAGAUCAGCGGGGCCACGAUACAAGAGAGCUGGAAAGUGGCCAGGUCAGCAGCGUCCGCUGAAGAGCAAGGGCCGGAGGCAGGACCUGCCAUGCAAGCUAUCGGGAAAAGAUUAUCACUGAGUGACCUGUUUGGGAAGCAGCACGAACACCAGACGGCAAAUUAUUGA